AUGAAGCACCCAGCUUCAUCGGACGAAAACAACGACCGCUGCCUCAUGGUCAUUAAGCGUGGCCGCGCCACUGGCCUAACCAUUGGCCGUGCCAACGAAAUCUGCUCCUAUGUCCGCGAAGGCUACUCUAAGUAUGGCGUUUACGGGACUUCAAAAGAAUGGACGAUUAUCCCGUGCGACUCCAAGCAUGGCCCCUUCUCGCUCGCGGGCGACUCAGGCUCUGUCAUCGUCGACGGCCAAGGACGCAUUGGCGGCGUCCUUACUGGCGGUACUGGCUUCGCAGAUCCGUCAGAUAUUACUUACGCCACGCCUAUUAGUUUUAUCCUUGACAGAAUGCAAUUCCACGGGCUCUCCAAGCCCAACGUCGACUUCUGA